UUUUUUUUUUUUUUUUAAAGUCAAGUGCGAGAGGAAAGCCGAGAACGGCGUUCCCACCAAUUACCCCAAAACUAAUAUAAACUGGAUGUGUCGCCGCUGCUGUGUUGGGAGGAGAGAGGCCGAGUGUGUGUGUCUGUGUGUGUGUGACAGGAGUGAAAAAAUAAGAAAUCGGAUCCACCUGACAACAGCGUGUGUGCGUGUGUCUUUACGUACGUGCGCGGAGAGAAAAUCGAAGAGCUUGCACACACGUGCUGCCGAUUUUGAUCGGCUGCUGGUGGGAAGAUUUUCCAGAGGUUAUAACGUACUUUUUCAAAGAUUAGCUCGCACGUCUUGCCGGCUCUGCUUCUGCUCAACUACUUGCAGCGUUGCCUUUCCUCAACCCUUUGCUUGAAUAUAACGAAAAUUUUGAACGCCGGGUAAUUAUCUGUCACCCGCUGAUGACACGCUUCGAAAAUUUGACCGUCCUCCUAUAGAGACGAACAAUUGACCCGAUAGCUAAGAGGAAACGAGCGAAGUAAAAAUAAAGCUCGCAAAUAGGCGGAGCGCAAAAUUAUCUCCUAUAGCACAUGGAAAAAGUAACCAUCCCUCUAAAUGGCAAAAGAUCACCAAACGAGACUUCCACCCCUCUCGGCGUAUCCACAUACAACACACACACACAUAGAGCUCGCGAGCCACGCGAGUGGGCGGCGCAAAGCCGAGCCUCGGUCCCACAUCCACUCGCGCAUCACCCCGAGACGUUUUUUGCCCUCGUCUCCGUACGCAGAGCCUAAACCUCCGCGCCAUGGUGUCCGAGGAGUGGGGACACCGCCACCACGAGUCUUCCUUAUCUCGGGCCCGCUAGCGCUUCUUCACUCGCAAGUCGACAGCCGACGCGCAUCAACGUCUUCGAGUGUGCCUCGAGUCGUGCGCUAUUAUACACACUCGAGUUCUUUAAUGACAACCCCCGCGAUCUUUUUCCUCUCGCCUCUCUUCCCCGCGAGCCGCUGAUAGUGUACGCGCUGACGUCGCCGCGACAGAUUAGAGAGAGAGAGAGAGAGAGAGAGAGACGACUGUGUGUGGAAAGAGACUGCUGCACGCGCGCUGUGCUCUGGAAUAAUCGUGCGAGCUGGAGAUAACGAAGCCAGUUGCCGAUUUCACGUUGGAUCGGUAGCAGCGCGCCCGAGUGAUCAAUACGGAGGAAGUUAAUCCGACAGCAGGAGCCUGCUGCUGUACGCUGGAUCGAUCUAUACCCUAAGCUUUACUUCGGGAGAGCAGCUGAGAUGAUCAUCGACGAGGAGCUGGAGCGGGCGAUGGCUCGAGUCCUCGUGGUCGAGGACUGGCAGCAGAUGUACAACAGUGGAAACAGUUGGAGCAACGUAAACGAGGAGCCGAACGCGCCGAGGCUACCGCCCGUCGGCACGGCCUUCUCGUUCUCCAGGAGCUUCGCGGGACAGCAGACGGAGAACGCCGAGUCCUGCGGGCAGAUUUACCAGUACCCGGAGUACACCGGCCAGUACCAGGACGAGGCCGCCCUGCUGUGCUUUCCCUCGCUGCAGCAGUGCCAGAUGAACAUCGAGGAGUCGCUGCGGGCCGUCGAUGACUUUGACCUCAGCCUUAUCAGGGGUGACCCGACGACUCUGCCGAACGAGUCGGCGCAACCGCCUCCGGUGAGCCACACCCAGUACUCGGCACUGGUCAGUGACAUGGUACCGCAGGUGGAGGUCAAACAGCCGGUCUACCCGGUCGGACACUUGGUCCCGCAGCCCAGUCCACACAUGGACGACGUCUUCGGGAGCGGAUUUCUCCUGGACGAGAUCAAGAGCGAGCCCGUGGCUCAGACGAUCGACAACCAAAUCGUUCUCUCCAGAAACGAGGGACUCGUCCUCGCGACCAACGAGAACUCCAGGCUCUUCGAGCCUCAGGCGCACGUCUCCGACUCUUACGGAAGCUCUCAGUCGGACGACAACUCCACUGCCAUGUACCCCUGCCGGUGGCUGGACUGCGGCUGCACGUUCACCGCCCAGCAGCGCUUGGUCGAGCACAUCGAGACCAGGCACGUUCGCAUGGACGUCAGCGCCCACGGAAGCAACCGACGCGUCCACAGGGACAAGGACGCCAAGAGCAGAGACUUCAAAGGCUCCAGCAAGGACCUGGCGCAAGACGAUGGUCAGUUCGCCUGCCACUGGCAGGGCUGCUCGAGGGACAGGCCCUUCAACGCCAGAUACAAGCUGCUCAUCCACAUGAGAGUCCACAGCGGCGAGAAGCCCAACAAGUGUCCCUUCGCCGGCUGCGAAAAGGCCUUCUCUCGCCACGAGAACCUGAAGAUCCACCAGAGAUCGCACACAGGCGAGCGACCCUACGGCUGCCAGCACCAGGGAUGCACCAAAGCUUUCAGCAACAGCAGCGACCGCGCGAAGCACCAGCGCACCCACUACGACACGAAACCAUACGCAUGUCAAGUGGCGGGCUGCGGAAAGCGCUACACGGACCCGUCCUCCCUGCGCAAGCACGCCAAGAACCACAACGAUCUCACCAACGGCUUCUCCAACGAGAGCCGACUGUCCUACAAGACAUCCGCGAACCGACGCAACUCCAGCUCGUCGAGCAUCUCUUCCGUGGCCUCGAGCUACAAGAAACAGCAGACACCGAGCACGAGGCACCCCUCCAUCUCCUCGGACUACGGCUCGCAGAAAGACUCCCUCGACAUGUUCGACGAGGUCGAGCUGAAGGCCUAUCCCGCGACCGUCUCACCCAGGGUGGACCACGUGCCCAACAACAUGGACGACGGUCACGAGUACAUUCCCUACGAGUCCGUCGCCCGCUUCCACGUCGACGACGGCAGCCAACUGGGCUUCGACAGUAUUGGAUACGGCGCUGACGAGGACAUCGGUGACCUGCAAGACCUGGGCUCCGACAUCGAGCAACAGUUUCUGGAGCUGAGCAAUCUGGAGGAUUCCGUCUUCAUCGGCGAGUAAUUAAUUGUCCAAGCGCGCACACGUGUGUUUACGAAGACUGCUCGUUCGAUUAAACGAUCGACUACUCGACUGAUGAUAAUAGAAAUGUGAGUCGAAGCCGCACACUUGCCGCGUUCGUCAAGUGCAGAGAGAUGAUUCAAAAGUAAUUCAUCACGGCGAGCCGAGUGGUUAUCCUUGAUUCGCGCCCUCGAACCGGACUUGGAAACGAAAGAAGAAUAACUAAGCGAAUCGCUACGUACAUGAGAAUCCAAUCAAGACUUUAUAUACUAUAUAAAAACAAUCGGUAUUCGCGUUAAAUAUUUUUAUAUAAAAAAACAACAUAAGGAGGCUCUCGUUUUCCUCGACGUAUAAUCUUGUGAGACACUUUUUGUACAUUUGUAAAUAUAGCCAAGAGUCGGGCGACUGAUAAAACGAGCGCGAAUUCGAUAUUCUUCAUUAUUUCUUUUUUUUUUUUUUGUCUUCUUAAUUAAGUUAUCAGCUGCAGGCGAUAGCCACUGUAUUUGUUAAGGAUGAGAUCUCUGUUUUCAUCUUGGCCUCGACUCGCUCGUAUCUGCUGCUCUACUUUUAAUACUGACUGCAGGCGCUCGGCUUCUCGCCGUCAGGGAUCAGCUGGCAGACCGUGUUGGCAAAGUUUCUGAAGGCUUCCGACUUCUUUUCCUGCAAGAUUGAACGACGAACUUUGUGUAACUCUCCAUUUAUCGAUUAUAGGUGUAACGUUUAAGUAGCGCGAAUUAUGUAAUAUGUAAAAAUGUAAAUACUCUACGUUCUAUAAUUUUUUAUCUACUUUUUUUUAGCCCUAUCGAUAUAGCGUGUAUUACGUUAAGAUUAACGACGACCAAUUGUAUUGUCGAAGUCGAAACUUUAUCAAUACUUUACAAUGAAAAUAAAAUGUGGUUAAUAAAUUUUUA